UCAAACCGCUCCAGUUCUCCAGAACCUGCACAGCUGCUGAUGCUACAGGAAUGGCCACAGCUUCACCAGAUGAGGGUCACCAGCCUGUGGUUGUUACUUUGCCGCAGUAUUUUGGUCCUGAAGUCCACGCUCAGCCUCCCAUGAUGGUCCAUCAGAGCGCCGUGAACAUCCCAGCUGUGCAGCCCAGCGAUGACAUCAUCUGGUCUCUCGCUUGCUUCAUGUAUGGGAAUCCGCUCUGCCUGGGACUGGCGGCCCUCAUCUUCUCCGUAAAGGCCAGAGACCGCAAGGUGGUCGGAGAUCUGGAGGGAGCCAGACAUUACGGCUCCACCGCUCGGGUCAUCAACAUCGUGGCGACCGUCCUGACAUCUGUAGCCGCCGUACUUACAAUCAUUGUUUUGCUUGCUUUGACUUCUCGCUAACUAGCUUUUCUGUUUUUGCUCUGGUAUCAAACUGAAACCGUGACAGUAGUAGCAGUAGUAUUAAGGUUUAAGGCUGUAAAGAAGAACUUCCAUUGUGUAAAGUUUGCUUAUGUGCAAUCUGCAUAACCAUGUUCUAGCUGCGAUGAAUGGAAAGCUUGUUUCACUAUAUUAAUAAAAAACACCACAUUCUUUAAAACA